AUUGACGUCUCGACAAAAAAAGCCCGGUACCCGCCCAUUCUCCACAUAGCAUCCCGACCCGUCUCGUCUACCUCCUUUUUCGCGAUAAAGGGUUAAAAAAAGGAACUUUCCUUACUUCCUGCACCAUAGCCACCAACACUUACGACCGCCCCCUUCUAUCGUAACGGCUUUCCCAUCGUUCAAGAGUUUGGUUUAUUUUCAUCAAGCCUGCCUUACAUUCCCGUAGUGGUGUGCUUCGGCCCCAUUGUCGAUCCUUCACCUGCGGUCAUAGAACACCAGGACAGUCGUUGGUCGCAUAAUUCGAAUUAAUAUAAAUUCCGAAUCCUUUGGCCGCCAUAUUCCUAGAUAGGCCUGUCUAGCGAGCGUCUCAUUUUUCUCCUGUUGAACAGGUCGACUCUGAUUAUUCAAGAUGUCGCUUGGUUCCGCUUUUCGCUCAUUCUGGCAUACUAUGACCAGCUAUGAUAGACAUUCAACCUACGAUUCUCCUUAUCGAACAGGUCGCCAUGUACCUCUAAAUAGACAAAGUACUCUCACGUCGGUCGCUACUGCUUCAGAAUCCCGGGCCGACAUUACAUCCCCGUAUGCGGACGAGCUCGGUCGAUUAUCUACCAGUGUCGACGGCACUGCUUACACAGGCGCCGGGCUCCCAUCGGCAUCUCCCCUGUCCCCCGGUUCCAACGGUCCCUAUUCUCCCGGAUUAAGGUCUAUCAAUGCUCGACAACAAGGCACUAAGGACGAUGGGUUUGAGACGGUUAGUAGCCCAGGAGAGAUACCUAUGCAGUCGUUUGCGGAUGGUGGCCCUCCAGCGCCUCCAGUUACCCAUUCUUGGAGGCGGAUAGAUAAGUGGGCAGAAGAGAACUACCCGGAAUUAUUUGAUCAGCUAUGCGAUGGAUGUACGAGCAACGAUUUGAAUGAAUUGGAACAUCAGCUAGAUUGCUCUCUACCUCAGGAUGUUAGGGACUCCUUGGCGGUCCAUGAUGGACAGGAACGCGGCGGCAUCCCGACAGGAAUUAUUUUCGGCUCUAUGUUACUUGACUGCGAGGAAAUUGUUCAAGAAUGGGAUCAGUGGCGCAAGGUUAACCACCAAUAUCUUCUUGAAACAUCAGUUGUGAAACCUGCUGUUCCUUCCAAGGCAUUUGGUGGUAGCAAUCAGGCUUCCUCUUCCAAAUCAGCGCCCGGCUCGCCCGGCUCCCAGAAGGAGUCGUGGAGACAGGAACUCCAGGCUCGCCAAGAUUCCGUUCCUCAAGGUGCUGUUCAACGGGCCUAUGCGCACCCCGCUUGGAUUCCCCUCGUCCGAGACUGGGGCGGCAACAAUCUUGCUGUGGAUCUCGCUCCUGGCCCUACCGGUACUUGGGGUCAAAUUAUUCUUUUCGGUAGAGAUUACGAUACCAAGUAUGUCGUGGCAAAGUCCUGGGGCGCUUUCCUUGCAGUUGUCGCGGAUGAUCUCAAUAGCGGCAAGUGGUUCGUUGACGAGGAUACCAACGAGCUCAAGCUGCGUGAGUUUAAGACAACCCGUGUUGAGCCGCCUUACUUCGAAAUUCUUAGAUGGCGAAUGGACCAGAAGCAUGGGCGCGGUGCCAGAGUGGUCGCGAAACGAAGGUCAGCUGUCAUUGGCGGGCCUACUUCUCCUGGCGGUUCACCUUAUACUAGUCCUACAGACAGCAAUGGAGAAGCUCGUGGGCGUACGUUACAACGGCUUAGCAGCCCAUCCCCCCUUGGUAGUCCUAGCCGUCCCGGCUUUGGAAAGGCGAGUCCCCUUGCACGAGUCGCCGAAGAAUCGUCAUCUCUCCCGGAUACGAAGCUCAAUACAAAUGGUAUAAAUGGUGUAAAGCAGCCUAAGCUCGUGGAAGUGGAGACCCCUCGACCCAGCGAUGAGGUGAACCAAAGUCCCAAAUUUCCAACUGCAGCUGAAACCAAAGGCAAAGACGCGAUCCUUUCAAAGGCUGCAACGGCAAAUGGUAACGAGGGCGAACAGUUAGAAGAAGGAAUGAAGACGAUUGAGAUCUGAUAUGAAAAUUCAACGACCAGCAACGACGGGCAUUGUACCACGACUACAUAAUAGACAACAAAAGGGUGGCGUUAUGGAAUCAGAUCUGGCGCUAAUAAGCACCGCAGAAAGCUGCGGUGGUAUGACCCUUUCUGAUUAUACACGUUCCGUUACAAUCAGUGUCUACAUUGAUAAAAACGGGAUUUGGACAUGCCUUCG